AUGCGACUUUGCAGAGAAGCAUGAAGACUGAGAACUUAGGUAAUCCUGAUGCUGCAUUCGUAGAUAUGGUUCUUCAAGCCCUUGAUAAGAUUCGUGAUGAAAUAGACAGAGACGAGUGUGAGAUCUUGAUCACCAAGCCUGACUUCCAAGAAGUGACGGAUGAAUCUCAAAUACCAGACUAUCAAGGAAAUAGAUUCAUCAAUCAGUCUCUUCCCAUGCCAGCAAACAUGACGUCAUCAAUGAACAGUAGUAUGGUGGCGUGUAACCCAAUGCCUACUGUCUUACGGGAGAAACUAGUGAAGAAGCCAUCCGAGAGAGCUGCGAUACGCAACGCUAUUUCACAAAUCAUUCUGGAUUCUCUGAAGACAGGGCACCCCGGACUAAAGAUCAACAAUAAAUAUAACUUGAAUUGCAGUACUGCUAUGUUGCCGUGUACCAAUGCUUCAUCGUAUGCACAUGAAGUCGUAGACGACGAGGUUUCCCGACUUGUUGCUUUUUGGACCAGUAAGACUGUCAAACUAGACAAUGACGUCAACAGUCAAAUCAUGAAGUAUUUAUUUCCUCUCAAACCAAGAAAUGUCAACAAGAGUUCAGAUUCACAUCCAGUCGUGAAAACUCGGCAGGAAGAGGACGAGAUUCCAGACAUUCCCGCGACAGCAAAGCUUCUCGGAGACAAAAUGCCGAGAUAG